CUAUUUUAUAUUUUAUAUAGUCUAUAUAUACACUGUAGUUCACAGGUCUCUCUCUCUCCUCCUCUCUCUCUCUCUCUCUCCCACCUCACCUCUAACAUAUCAACUCCAGCUAGCAGAACCCACAAAACUUUGCUGUUUCAGACCAUUUUCCAAUCAUCCUCUGUGAGGAGUAGGGGGAAAAUGGCACAGAUUUUGGCACCCACUACACAAUGGCAUAUGAGGCUUAAUAAAUCCUCAACCAAUGCCAACCCCAUGACAGCAAAGAUGUGGGGUUCUCUAUUGUUGAAACAGAACAAAAAAGGAGUAUCAAAAAGCUCUUCUAAAUUCAGAGUCUAUGCUCUCCAGUCUGAAAAUAGUACCAUCAACAGGCUUGAGGGUUUGUUAAAUUUGGACAUCACUCCUUUCACUGACAAGAUCAUUGCUGAAUACAUUUGGAUUGGAGGUUCAGGAAUUGAUGUUCGUAGCAAGUCAAGGACUAUACCAAAGCCUGUUGAACAUCCUUCUGAGCUUCCGAAGUGGAAUUACGAUGGAUCAAGUACAGGACAAGCACCGGGUGAAGAUAGUGAAGUAAUUCUAUACCCUCAAGCAAUUUUCAAGGACCCUUUCCGUGGCGGGAACAAUAUCUUGGUAAUUUGUGAUACAUAUACGCCACAAGGUGAGCCUAUUCCUACAAACAAACGCCACAGAGCUGCUGAGAUUUUCAGCAACCAGAAAGUCAUAGAUGAAGUGCCAUGGUUUGGAAUAGAGCAAGAAUACACUCUACUUCAGACAAAUGUUAAAUGGCCUCUGGGUUGGCCUGCUGGAGGCUAUCCUGGUCCUCAGGGUCCCUAUUAUUGUGGUGCUGGGGCAGACAAGUCAUUUGGCCGUGACGUAUCAGAUGCUCACUAUAAGGCUUGCUUAUAUGCUGGAAUUAAUAUUAGUGGAACCAAUGGAGAAGUUAUGCCUGGCCAGUGGGAGUAUCAAGUGGGUCCUAGUGUUGGAAUUGAAGCCGGAGAUCAUAUCUGGGCUUCAAGAUACAUUCUCGAGAGAAUCACUGAACAAGCUGGUGUUGUUCUCUCACUCGAUCCAAAACCCAUUGAGGGUGACUGGAACGGUGCUGGAUGCCACACCAAUUUCAGUACAAAGAGCAUGAGGGAGGAUGGAGGCUACGAAGUUAUUAAGAAGGCAAUUUUGAAUCUGUCACUUCGACACAAGGACCAUAUCAGUGCCUAUGGAGAAGGAAAUGAGAGAAGGCUGACAGGAAAGCAUGAAACAGCAAGCAUCAACACGUUUUCUUGGGGAGUGGCCAAUCGGGGUUGCUCAAUCCGUGUUGGACGUGAGACUGAGAAGAAAGGAAAAGGUUACUUGGAAGACCGUCGUCCAGCUUCCAACAUGGACCCUUAUGUUGUGACCUCUCUACUGGCAGAAACCACAAUGUUGUGGGAGCCAACACUGGAGGCUGAAGCUCUUGCUGCGCAAAAGCUUGCAUUGAAUGUCUAAUCAAUUUGUUGAAAGCAAUCUGAAGAGGCUCAAAAUGCUCUCAUUUGUGAUAAAUCAGACCGAGCACUCGGAAGAUUUUCCCCAUUUCUUUGAAAUCCUUUAGGGAAGAAGAUCCAUUUGUAAAUAAAUGUCUGGAAGUGAGUAGUUAUUCAUGACCAGGUUGUAAACCAGUUUCUCAAAUCUUGUAGAUCAGAAAGGUCUUCAUGAAUAAUUUUGUCAAUUCCUGGAAUUCUACUAUUGCAAGUUUUCUCCAUUAAUAUUCAGAACCCAGUUCAGCCA